AGAAGUGAAGAGUCGAGUAGUUGACACGGAUGGAUUCGUGGUGAAGCUCCAUCCUAACAAGUAGCGAGGGCCGUACGCUUAAAGAAACCGGCUUUUUCUUUUCUUCCCAUAUAAAUGUAUAAUUUGUGACAAAUAUGACGGAAAUGUUUUCAACUCUGUUUGGGCAAAACGACGCUCAGGGAACACCCGGCUCGUCGUCUCUGGGGUUCGGACCCGGGAAGCCUCCGCCGCCGCUGCCGCAAAAUCAAGUCUCCAUGACGGGGCAGAUGCCACCGCAGCUCGGGGAUGAAGGGCCUGUUCUGCGGAAGCCCGGAGCCAUGAAUGAACCUUUCUAUUUACUGCGGGAGCUUCCUGUGGGAAACGAGUUGACGGGAAACACCAACCUCAUCACGCACUACAACCUGGAACACGCCUACAACAAGUUCUGUGGGAAGAAGGUGAAGGAGAAGCUCAGCAACUUUCUACCAGAGUUACCAGGUAUGAUUGACUGUCCGGGCACUCAGGACGGCAGCUCGUUGCGCUCUCUGAUUGAUAAGCCUCCAGUGUGUGGGAACUCCUUCAGCCCACUGACCGGCGCUCUACUCACAGGCUUCAGAUUACACACAGGACCGCUCCCAGAACAGUACAGACUGAUGCACAUACAGCCUCCAAAGAAGAAGAGCAAACACAAGCACAAACACCAUCGACCACAGGACCCAUUGCCACAAGAAACUCCUUCAGACUCUGAUCCCAAGAAGAAGAAGAAAAAGAGGGACGAUGAUCCCGACCGUAAGAAAAAGAAGAAAGACAAGAAAAAGAAGAAGAACCGCCACAGUCCCGACCACCCCGGUCUCGCUGGAUCACAACCCAACAGCAACAGCCUCAGAUAGACAGGAGCCCACUGUGUGCAUGCCUGUGUGUGUGAAUGUGCAUUUUGUAAGAGGAUGCGUGUGUUUUACAGAUAAUUGUAUUAAUAGGGAAUAUGUUUAAUGAGAGGGGAUGAAUCAAAUAAUGCAAGUGUGUGUGUGUGUGUGUGUGUGUGUGUGUGUGUGUGUGUGUGUGUGUGUGUGUGUGUGUGUGUGUGUGGAAAGGAGCAGCAACACAGUGGAUGAUGGAAAGAAAUGUUACAGAACAGUGUAAAAGGCAGAAAGCCACUGAUGAGCUGUGUAGUGUUAUGAAUGACUGAGCAGGCACUGUAUGUAUGUCCCUCUUUGAUUUUGUUGUAUAUUGCCAUAAUGCCAAAAUCAAAUAAACUUUGGUUAUUAUCUUUG